AUGACAGGGAAGGAGGGAGUUGCGCUUUCAGACACCGAGAAUAAACAGAAAUCAACUUCCGAAACCAGCGCGAACCACGGGGGAUCCCAGCAGGUGCCUCCCGCCUGGAAGAUGGCCCCCGCGGUGCACCGGCGCACCGGCUUUGGGAUCCAGGAGCUGCUCGGCCUCAACAAGGAGCCGCCGGCGGCCCCGCGGCGGCCGCUGGAGGCUCUGCCGCACAGGGCGCACGUCCUGGCCGCUAGGUCGGCCCUCGGCCACGCCGGGCUCGGGGUCGGUAUGGGCUUGCUGGGACCGGAGGGCAUGCACCCGUUCUACAGCCAGCCCGCCUUUCUGGAGGUGCUGUCGGAGGCGCAAAAUGUGCACCUGCAGCCGCUGCACAGAGCGGCGCACAUGGAGGCGCAGAUGGACGCACAGCACUCCGCCAGCUCCGAUUCCGAUGAUAUGAGCUUCUCCUCCGGUGAUCAGAAAUUCUCAAAAUCAUCCCUGAGCCAGAGCAAGAAAAGAAAGAAACGACGACACAGAACCAUUUUCACUUCCUAUCAGCUGGAGGAGCUGGAGAAAGCGUUUAAUGACGCUCACUAUCCCGACGUGUACGCCCGGGAGAUGCUCUCCAUGAAGACCGAGCUCCCCGAGGACAGAAUACAGGUGUGGUUUCAGAACCGCAGGGCCAAGUGGAGGAAAAGGGAGAAGUGCUGGGGUCGCAGCAGCGUGAUGGCAGAGUACGGCCUGUACGGGGCCAUGGUCCGGCACUCCAUCCCGCUGCCCGAGUCCAUCCUCAAGUCUGCCAAGGACGGCAUCACGGACUCGUACGCUCCGUGGCUACUGGGUAUGCACAAGAAGUCGGUGGAAACGUCACACGCUCCUCCUGGCACGCCGUGCCGUGCAACCCCAACACCCACACCGGAGAAACCGGCGGACAAAGUGAUGGAGGGGGAGGCGGAGCAACAGAGGAAAGACACUAACUCCCCGAUCUCCAAAGAGGAGCUGAGGGAGAACAGUAUCGCCGCACUGCGAGCGAGGGCGCAGGAGCACAGCGCCAAGAUGCUCGGGACAGCCUCAAACAGAACGGGCGGCCACGGAACACAGAAAGGGGAAGCUGGCGAUCGGGUGGCGGAGCCAGAAACAGCAGAGGAGAAGAGUAACUGAAAAGGAGGGGCCGCAGGAAACAGACUGAUGGCAAAAUAUCUGCAGAGCGGAGUUUGCAAACGCUUCUCAGUGGCAGAGGUCUGGCUUUAUUGGCCGAGUUGAACCUCGGCAGGGGGGGAAAAAAAAACAAAAACGCCUGAACCUGUUCAAAUGCUGUGAUCGUAAAUACUUUCUUCGCUCAAGUUUACCUGUCAGGGAACUGGGGAUUCGCUAAAAGGUUAUUUGGCUCCGUUGAACUCUGUUUAACCACAGAUCAGUUCGUCCUCGAUAGAUCAGUUCUUUCUCAAUAAAAAUGUUGCCACAGCCAACCAGUACUGCACAACGGUUUCAUGUCCCUGUAGGGGACAUGAAGGAGGCUCAAGAACUGGAAUGUUUUUACCUUUUUUAGGCACAAUGUUCUGACAUGGAGCUGCGUCAAAAUAUAUUUCUCAAACAUAUUGCUAACCUUGCAGCUCCGUGACACGGCAGCUGGCAUUUGGCUUGCGUGGAAGCCCUCCUGUCGGCGGGCAAGUCGAGCAGCGCACCGUCUCUGCACCUGCUCCAGAGGUGUU